GCCGCCAUUAGCGGAAGUACAACUUUGCUAGGUGGCGCCAGCGGCUUCCGCCUCAAAAUAACAGCGGUAUUUCCGUGGUAUGUUUCGUUGAUUUUUUUGUAUGAGCGCCUGUCUCGCGCCAGUAUUCGUAACUUUGACUGGUUUAGAACCAAUUUUGGUGUGAAACGACGACACUAUCGUGUUAUUUGUGGCGUAUGGAAGGUCGAUUCGCAUCGGCACAACGCUUAAGCUUUUUAGGAGACGACGGCAGGCGGGCAGGUAGCCCAAGAUGCCAAGUGUAAAAGGGGACUGCAACGACAGCGAAGGUGAAGAAAUGGAUCAAGAAACGCCCGAGAGCGAAAAGACUAGCAACGACGAUUCUGAGUCGUCGUCCGGAUCCGAGGAUGAAGUUAGUUCAGAAAUGGACGAGGAGGACUGCGAGAGGCGCAGGUCCGAGUGUCUCGAUGACAUGGCUGAUCUUGAAAGACAGUUCAUGCAUUUGAAGGAGCAGCUGUACCUGGAAAGGGCAAAUCAAAUUGAAGCUAAACUCGAAGAAGUUCGAGCUGGCCGAGCUCCCGAGUACCUGCAGCCUCUGGAGGACCUCCAGGAUAACAUGCGCAUACGGAUAGAAGUUGCCGGGAUACUUAAAGAAAUGAAACUGAAGAAUAUUAGGAGGAAAUAUGAUGCGGAAGAGACUGCAGCUUUACAAAACUUCCAGAGUGAGCAAGCAUUGCUUAGAGACUCAAUUCAGUCUGAGCUGGAAGAGAAGAUUCGAAGGUUGGAGGAGGACAGGAAUAGCAUCGACAUCACAUCAGAUCUCUGGAGCGAACAGACCAGUCACAAAAAGAACAAGAGAAAAACAGAAUUUGGUACAGACAGGCGGAAAAAGCCAGUCACUGUGUCAGGUCCAUACAUUGUGUACAUGCUGCAUGAAAAUGAGAUUCUCGAAGACUGGACAACCAUCAGAAAGGCUCUCAAGGUGGCCAGACAAAAGAGCGAGUUGUUCUUGUAAGGGAUUAUGAGACAGCCCUCCCCAGUCAGCCACAUCAUCAUCAUCCACCCAUCCAUCAUCACCAUCACCAUCAUCAUCACCUGAAUUGUCUGUACAGCACAUCAUUACUGUACAUAUGUAGCUUCUGAAACUGUUGCCUGAUCAAAGGUACACGUUCUCAAUCUAAGAUGUGUCUUUUGUAUGUUCGCCAUGGAAAGAAUAGAGCCCCUGAUCUGCGACACGAAAGAAUGUGUUCUAAAGAGGACGGCUAAAUUGCAAAAAAUGUCUUGUGUGGAGACUGUUGCCUAUCAUGUUAUAAACAGUGAACUUUUGUAUCUCAAUGAGCAUGUCUUCACACCUGACUCUGAACUCAUUUUAGUUCUGUAGUGUUGACAUCUCUUGCUUUUCUCGCACGGAUGGGAAGGCUCAGUAGAUGCUUCGGAGUUGAGGGAGUCUCAACUCCAUGGGCAAUAUGGCCAAGUACAAAAUGUGUAAUGUUCGCCACAAUUACAAUAAUAUAGUGGAGAAUUUAUAGGUGGGAAUGGGUGCCGAAGAAGAUACCAUCAUUGAGUGAACCGGUGUCGCACAGUUAAAUUUGGCUCUUCAAACAAAGACGUUUAUGCUGCAUUACGGUUAGCGACAAAAACAUGACUAAAGACUGAAUAGAUUCACCACAUCUCUGCUAUAGAAGCCUGAAGUUCACUUUAUUUGUUUUUGCAUAUGGCAGCCCUCGCUUCAGUCAUGAGGCCACAAAACAAAGGCAAUUAGGUCCCAUUCACCAGUUUUCUCAAGACUGCAUGCUCUCGAAGCACGAUGCACAUAAUUCGGACUGUACACAAGACAGCAAAAACAUACAAUUCUAACAUAUUUCGUAACAAGGUUGAAACUGAUGGGGGAAGAUAUUUUCUUUCUGAGUAUAAGAGUAAGUACCCUUGCAACUUGUAGUCGCGGCCUGCAUGUGGAUCUACGACAUGGACAGGAAAAUUAUGGAUGCUUUUCGUGCACCAUAGUCGUUGACCUCAUUUUGGAGGUGAAGGUCAACUAUCUUACCCACCCAAUGACAAGGCUCUUACUCAAACAUUAUGAUAAGCAGGAAAAAAUAUUUUUGUUGAGAUCUUCGUGUGUAUUGGGAUCAGAGCUGUGUGGUUUGUUGUGUCCCGUAAAAUGAAAACAACGUUCUAAUAGUGAGAAGGAAGAACAUUGCAGUCUGAUCGUUGAAGCAUAUAUGUUGGUAAUGCAUAGUGUGGCACAUGCUACACCUUCCAGAAUAUCUUCUGGUGCAAGGGCUAGGUGAUCACAUUCAAAGCUGAUGAACCAGACAUUAUCAGCUUGUAGGUUAUGUAAAACUGAGGCGAGGAGCACUGGAGUGUGCAAUGACCACACAGAUCCUUCACGAGAGGGUACAGUGGUCAGUUGAGUUAUUUCAAAUCUUCUUGCAUGGCUUAGUGCCACAAUUGAUAGCUUGACGGAGUAUGCGAUUGGUGCCAUACAACAAGACAUUGUCCUCAUUUUGGUGUAAAAUACGGGGAAGCAUCCUCUGCUCAAUCUUAUUGUCCAGUUUAUUCCAAAUGUCGUACUCCAUUGACCAUCCUGCUGUACUACUUCAUGCAGAACUACGGUGAAUACAUGCUUAACGUUAGCACUAUUUAUUUCCUCACAUCCUGCAUUGUGCUGUCUUUUGCCAAGCAGGAAAUAGUACUGCAAGACUUGCAUUUUAAUACAAACAUCAGUUGACAUGAAUAAGCAUUUGUUAUUUGCGCAUAGAAUGGUGCUUGCAAUAGGCAAAGCAAGUGUAAUUCGAGGGCAAUACCAUGUCAACAGCAUUUUUUAAGUGUACAUAUUUUGUAGAGCUAAUAAAAUCUGUAUUUUAUCAUGCA